AUGACGUCAGCCCAGGCCACAGAGAACACUACAAACAACGUCAUGACGUCAGCCCAGGCCACAGAGAACACUACAAACAACGUCAUGACGUCAAUCCAGGCCACGGAGAACACUACAAACAACGUCAUGACGUCAAUCCAGGCCACAGAGAACACUACAAACAACGUCAUGACGUCAGUCCAGGCCACAGAGAACACUACAAACAACGUCAUGACGUCAGCCCAGGCCACGGAGACGUCACAGGCUACAAACAACGUCAUGACGUCAAUCCAGGCCACGGAGAACACUACAAACAACGUCAUGACGUCAAUCCAGGCCACAGAGAACACUACAAACAACGUCAUGACGUCAAUCCAGGCCACGGAGAACACUACAAACAACGUCAUGACGUCAAUCCAGGCCACGGAGAACACUACAAACAACGUCAUGACGUCAAUCCAGGCCACAGAGAACACUACAAACAACGUCAUGACGUCAGCCCAGGCCACGGAGAACACUACAAACAACGUCAUGACGUCAAUCCAGGCCACGGAGAACACUACAAACAACGUCAUGACGUCAAUCCAGGCCACGGAGAACACUACAAACAACGUCAUGACGUCAAUCCAGGCCACAGAGAACACUACAAACAACGUCAUGACGUCAAUCCAGGCCACGGAGAACACUACAAACAACGUCAUGACGUCAGCCCAGGCCAGGGAGAACACUACAAACAACGUCAUGACGUCAGCCCAGGCCACAGAGAACACUACAAACAACGUCAUGACGUCAGUCCAGGCCACAGAGAACACUACAAACAACGUCAUGACGUCAAUCCAGGCCACGGAGAACACUACAAACAACAUCAUGACGUCAAUCCAGGCCACAGAAAAUACUGAAAACAACAACAUGACGUCAGUCCAGGCCACGGAGAACACUGAAAACAACGUUCUGACGUCAGUCCAGGCCACGGAGAACACUACAAACAACGUCAUAGCGUCAGCCCAGGCCACGGAUAACACUGAAAACAACAUCAUGACGUCAGUCCAAGUAAGAAAUGCCUUUUUCUGUGCCUUUAAUACAGUGUGA